CCCCGGCUCCCCCCCGCCCCGAUCCCGGGGCGGCGGCGACGAUGCAGCACCCGCUGGAGCUGGGGGCCGCGCACUACUUCCCUGCUGAAGCCUUUCCCGACCACCGCUCGCAUCGCUACCGCAGCUUCAUGAUCGAGGAGAUUCUCACCGAUCCCCCGGACGCCAAAGGGGCCGCGCCGGCCGGAGAGCUGCUCAAGUUCGGGGUACAGGCGUUGCUCUCCGCCCGGCCAUACCAUAACCACCUCGCGGUGCUGAAGGCGGAGCCGGCCGCCGUGUUCAAGUUCCCGCUGGCUCCUUUGGGCUGCUCGGGGCUGGGCUCGGCGCUGCUUGCGGCCGGCUCGGGGCUGCAGGGCGGCUCGGUCUCGCCCCAUCUCCCGCUGGAGCUGCACCUUCGUGGCAAGCUGGAGCCGGGCCCCCCGGAGCCGGGCAGCAAGGCCAAAAAGGGCCGCCGCAGCCGCACCGUUUUCACCGAGCUGCAGCUCAUGGGUCUAGAGAAGCGCUUCGAGAAGCAGAAAUACCUCUCCACGCCCGACAGAAUAGACCUGGCCGAAUCGCUGGGGCUCAGCCAGCUUCAGGUGAAAACCUGGUACCAGAACAGGCGCAUGAAAUGGAAGAAAAUAGUGUUGCAGGGGGGAGGCCUGGAGUCCCCCACCAAGCCCAAGGGCCGCCCCAAGAAGAACUCCAUCCCCAGCAGCGAGCAGCUCUCGGAGCAGGAGCGAGCCCGGGACACCGAGAAGCCGCCCGAGAGCCUGGGCUCGCCGGCCGAGGUUAGCCAGGAGGAGUGAGGGUGAUGGCCUGGGGCCCCCCGACGGCCCCGCCGCCCUUCGGGUGCUGCCCGCCGAGCCCGCGGCCGGCCCCAACCUCUCCGGCGGGACGGGGGCGAAGGGCGGCCCCAGUUAAUGGCGACGGUCGCCUUCGGCCUCCGGCGAACUGAACUUUUAGGCCGGUCGCAUCCCCGCCGCUCCUCUCCGCGCCCACGGAGUGCUGCGCUACGGCCGCCGGUGUUGUGUGCGAGGGCCCGGAAGGACACUGGAUCCCAUCUGACACAUCUACUCGCUGUCUAAAACCCUGUGGUGCCCCUAGUUAUUC